AUGGGUUUGCCUUGGUAUCGUGUUCAUACUGUCGUAUUGAAUGAUCCCGGUCGAUUGCUUUCUGUCCAUAUAAUGCAUACAGCCCUAGUUGCUGGUUGGGCCGGUUCGAUGGCUUUAUACGAAUUAGCGGUUUUUGAUCCCUCUGACCCCGCUCUUGAUCCAAUGUGGAGACAAGGUAUGUUCGUUAUACCCUUCAUGACUCGUUUAGGAAUAACCAAUUCGUGGGGUGGUUGGAGUAUUUCAGGAGGAACUGUAACGAAUCCCGGUAUUUGGAGUUAUGAAGGUGUGGCAGGGGCACAUAUUGUGUUUUCUGGCUUGUGCUUCUUGGCAGCUAUCUGGCAUUGGGUGUAUUGGGACCUAGAAAUAUUCUGUGAUGAACGUACGGGCAAACCAUCUUUGGAUUUGCCUAAGAUCUUUGGAAUUCAUUUAUUUCUCUCAGGGUUGGCUUGCUUUGGCUUUGGCGCAUUUCAUGUAACAGGUUUGUAUGGUCCUGGAAUAUGGGUGUCCGAUCCUUAUGGACUAACUGGAAAAGUACAACCCGUAAGUCCAGCGUGGGGCGCAGAAGGCUUUGAUCCUUUUGUUCCCGGAGGAAUAGCCUCUCAUCAUAUUGCAGCGGGUACAUUGGGCAUAUUAGCAGGCUUAUUCCAUCUUAGUGUCCGUCCGCCUCAACGUCUAUACAAAGGAUUACGUAUGGGCAAUAUUGAAACUGUACUUUCCAGUAGUAUCGCUGCUGUUUUUUUUGCAGCUUUCGUUGUUGCUGGAACUAUGUGGUAUGGUUCAGCAACUACCCCAAUCGAAUUAUUUGGUCCCACUCGUUAUCAGUGGGAUCAGGGAUACUUUCAGCAAGAAAUAUAUCGAAGAGUUAGCGCCGGACUAGCCCAAAAUCUGAGUUUAUCGGAAGCUUGGUCUAAAAUUCCCGAAAAAUUAGCUUUUUAUGAUUACAUUGGUAAUAAUCCAGCAAAAGGGGGAUUAUUCAGAGCAGGGUCAAUGGACAACGGGGAUGGAAUAGCUGUUGGGUGGUUAGGACACCCCGUCUUUAGAGAUAAAGAAGGGCGCGAGCUUUUUGUACGUCGUAUGCCUACCUUUUUUGAAACAUUUCCGGUAGUUUUGGUAGAUGGAGACGGAAUUGUUAGAGCCGAUGUUCCUUUUAGAAGGGCAGAAUCAAAGUAUAGUGUUGAACAAGUAGGUGUAACUGUUGAGUUCUAUGGUGGCGAACUCAAUGGAGUCAGUUAUAGUGAUCCUGCGACUGUAAAAAAAUAUGCUAGACGUGCCCAAUUAGGUGAAAUUUUUGAAUUAGAUCGGGCUACUUUGAAAUCUGAUGGCGUUUUUCGUAGCAGUCCAAGGGGUUGGUUCACUUUUGGCCAUGCUACGUUUGCUUUGCUCUUCUUUUUCGGACACAUUUGGCAUGGCGCUAGAACCUUGUUCAGAGAUGUUUUUGCUGGCAUUGAUCCAGAUUUGGAUGCUCAAGUGGAAUUUGGAGCAUUCCAAAAACUUGGGGAUCCAACUACAAAGAGACAAGUAGUCUGAUACAACAUUGCUCUGGUAUCUUUCGCCUCUUUUUUUGAUUUGACAUAGGGUUAGGGUACUGAAGAAAUCUUGACUUGAAUCACCAUCUUUUCUUUGACUCUUUCCUUUUCUUUAUAUGGUAAAUGAUGCCAAAUGAAUAGGUGUGGAAGCUAUAAUUGUAAACCACGAUCGAAUCUAUGGAAGCAUUGGUUUAUACAUUCCUUUUAGUCUCGACUUUAGGGAUAAUUUUUUUCGCUAUCUUUUUUCGAGAACCGCCUAAGGUUCCAACUAAAAAAUGAAAUAAUUUUUCAUUAUCUCAGUUGAAGUAAUGAGUCUCCCCAUAUGGGAGGCUCAUUACUUCAACUAGUCCCCGUGUUCUUCGAAUGGAUCUCUUAGUUGUUGUGAGGGUUGCCCAAAAGCGGUAUAUAAGGCGUACCCAGUAAAGCUUACAAGUAAACCAGAUAUGAAGAUGGCGACUAGGGUUGCUGUUUCCAUUUUUAGACAAUUUCAAGAUCACAAUGGAUCUACGAUAAGAUCGUUUAUUUACAACUACAACGGAAUGGUAUACAAAGUCAACAGAUCUCAACCAAUGAUUAAAUAGGAUUUAUGGCUACACAAACCGUUGAGGAUAGUUCUAGAUCUGGGCCAAGACAAACUACUGUAGGGAAUUUAUUGAAACCAUUGAAUUCGGAAUAUGGUAAAGUAGCUCCGGGCUGGGGGACUACACCAUUAAUGGGAGUCGCAAUGGCCCUAUUUACGGUAUUCCUAUCUAUUAUUUUGGAAAUUUAUAAUUCUUCCGUUUUACUGGAUGGAAUUACAAUGAGUUAAGUUUAUAAGAACUUUGAAGUCCUAGUUUUCAAUCAAAAAAAUUACUUUACUUAAAACUCGGAUUUCUAGACCAUUCUGGUAGUUCGACCGUGGAAUUUAUUUGUUUCGGUAUCUCCGGAAUAUGAGUGUGUGACUUGUUAUAAUUGAUCCUAUUGAUAAUACAGAG